AAAAAUGGCUUUGCCACAUUGGCAACAUCGAAAAUUUAUUUUAUUUGCGUUUUUUUGUUUAUUAAAAAUUGUGAAAACGAGUGAAUUAGUUCAAAUUUACCCAACAACAAAUAAUGAAUUGAAUUUAAAUAAUGGCUAUUUUGAUACUGGGCAAUCACCGCAAUUUUCUGAAUUUUCUAUUGGAAAAGAUGAAAAAGGCCUCUUCCCUUCAAUAUUCAAUUUGGCAACACAUGCAGAAAUCCGUGCAAGUUCAACCUGUGGCCAAAACGGCCCAGAUUAUUAUUGUAAAUUAGUAGAGCAUGUGUUCCUUCGCCAACCUCAAUGUGACAUUUGUGACGCUAAUAAUCAUCACAAAAACCACCCAAUUGAUUAUGCCAUUGAUGGAACUAAAAGAUGGUGGCAAAGUCCAACAUUGUCAAAUGGGUUGAAUUAUGAACGUAUAUAUCAAGUAGCUUAUAUCAUUGUAAAAUCUGCAAUUUCCCCACGCCCCGGCAAUUGGGUGUUGGAAAAAUCUUUAGGCAAGAUUUUGUUUCUCUUAAAGCUUUUUAAAUAA